GAGAACAUGAACUUUCAAAAUGUGAAUCCUUUAAACGUUCGCAUAAACGCUAUCUCAGGCAACUUACUACCUUUGACGUCAAAUAACUCACAAUUUCCGAUAACAUGGAAGAUAUACAGCGCCGUUGUGUGGCUGAUUGAAGUGAUUCAAGCAAUCGUGAUAAUUCCAGGAUUCUAUUUCGUACGAGAGGAAGCUUUGAAAAACUCUACAGUUACUUUCGUACUCACCAUAGAGGUAUUCUUUAUGGUGUUGCGAAUUCACGCUCAGAAAAAGCUAGUGAAUCGAUUGAUCCAAAAGCUAAAUGACAUUCUGCAUUUUGCGGACGACACUAUGAAAAGUGUCGUGACAAUGACUUUGAAGCCCAUGGAGAAUCCGCUUAAGUUUUAUUGGCUAGCUGGUUGGCUAUCUGUCUUUCUAUGGUCCCUUACGCCGUUCCUGCUAAUUCUCGACAGAGUUUCUUUCUUUUACGAGGACUACAGGAUGCCAGCAAUCUUUUCUAAACAACCAUUUUCGACCAAUAUCUUCCUGAUGGGCAACGUCUUUAUGCUAUUAGGUAAUAUGUAUAUAUUUGUAAAGAAAGUUGGGGUGGAUGUUUAUAUGAUACAUGUGGUGCUACUGAUAACGGCGCAGUAUCGAUAUAUCGCCAUGAGGCUCGCGACAAUAUUUCGAGAUGGAAAUGAGCUCGGCGAGGAAUAUCAGUCUAAGAAUCGAUGGAUGGAAAAAGAAAUAGUAACAUUAUGUCGGCAUCAUAAUUCUGUCAUUCACUUAUCAUCUAUGUUAAAGAAAUUGCUAUCCUUGAACUUCAGUUUGAUCUAUGUGAAUAGCGUCUUUCGUUUUUGUUUUAUUGGCAUCAUGCUGAGUACAGUACCGUCGAUAAAUUUUCUGGAUGGUUUUUCGAUCAGUAUGUACGCGUGUGGCUCAAUAGUGCAAUUCUAUAUGUUGUGUUCUUGUGUUCAACAAUUAUUAGACGCGAGCAAAGAAAUGACUAAUAAAGCAUUUAACGAAAAGUGGUAUCACUGUGGAUCAUCUGUAAAACGUAUCUUUAUGUUGAUAAUAUUAGGUAAUAAUUUGGAAUGCAAACUUUCAAUGUGCGAUAGAUUUAAUCUGUCUUUACCCUCAUUUAUGACAAUCUUAAACCAAUCAUACUCAAUCGCUCUUCUGCUUUUAAGAAUGAAGUGA